AUGUCUAACAUUUCUCUGCCAAGCGGAUUUCAUGGAGAACCCAAAUUUAUCAAUUAUCAAUUCUCGUUUUUCACAAUUCCGAUGCUUCUUGUAUUUAUCCCAAUUCUGUAUAUUCCUGGAACAGUUGUCGUUGUUCUUCGCAUUUUUUCUAAGUUUUUGACAGAAUAUUAUGAAAGAAAUGUAAAUGUUCAGUUGUUUGGGAUAAUCACGUUAUCGCAUUUUAUGUGUCUCCUCUUCUUCAUCGCGGAUUUUUUCUACAUACGGCUUCCCGUAACGGGUUUGUUCACCAGCUGGUGUGCCAGUUCUGAGCCAAAUGGUUAUUUGGUAAUACUCAUUAUUAUCACUUUUUACUUAAACUAUGCAACAAUGCUUUUUCCAUGCUUGGUGGCUUUGCUCAGGCUUAAUUCAAUAAUUUUUCCAUCGAAUUAUCAAAAGAUUAACGCUAGAAUUCUUGAUUGGCUACCGCUUAUAUUUAUUUAUCCAUUUUUCUUCACAGUUAUAAUGUUCCCAGGUUAUGGCUACUGUAGUCAUAUUGAAUAUCCUAUAUUUGGUUCAAUUAUCUUCAGAGUUACUGGUACAAUGUUCGGGUGGACAAAUAACUUUUUAUUAAUGUUUAACACAUUCUUCUGGUUUUCCAUUUGUCUCGGUUUCAAUUUGGUAUUAAUUGUAAAACUUAUAAAAUUCAAGCUCUCCGUGCCUCCUUCAAUGGGAUCCUUGGCGUCACAUAGAGCUGAAAUUUCAUUGACUUUGACAACUGUUUCAAUGUCAUUUUCUUAUCUUACUAAUGGGAUGAUUACGGUUUUUGGCCGCCUAUUCAAUAACCUUACCAUCUACUUGAUUGUUAUUCGUCCUUUCACAAAUGAUAUUGACACUUGUGUGGUUCCAUGGGUUUUCUACUUAACUCAUCCAAUUUUCAAGAAGAAAUCUGAAAAUCUAGUAGUGGUAGCAAGCGUGGAAAGAAUGAUUUCUUGA